CUGAAACAGCGAGUGGGUCACAUCCUUUCCCUGCAGAGGGCUAGGGCAUGUUUCCUGCCUGCACAGCGCAGGAGGGCAUACUUCUACCAACAGAGCAAGGCUUUCAUCUGCUGCUAACACAUGGAACUGGGGUGAAUCUGUGCUCCAUGAUUUUACACAUUUGACAACAUUUGGGAAACAGGAUUCAGUUCAUCAAAAUGAAAGACCUCAUCUUUGCAGCUGCUGGACUACUGCUUCUGGUGCCUUCUUUUUGUCAAAGCGGCAUGAAAGAUGAUGCAGACAAUUCGGCAACACCAACUUUACCUAUUAAGACCUUUCGUGGAGCUCCCCCAAAUUCUUUUGAAGUGUUCCCCCAUUCUGCCAUAGAAGGCAGAACACAAGACACCCUAACUGUAAAAAGUAAGUGCCCCGAAGAAAGUGCUUCAAAUCUCCUUGUGAAUAAUGCUACCAUUGGGUACCUGAGCAGCUCCUUAAGUACCAAACUGAUACCUGCUGUCUACAUCCUGGUGUUUGUAGUUGGUGUGCCAGCCAACGCUGUGACCCUGUGGAUGCUCUUCUUCAGGACCAGAUCCGUCUGUACGGCUGUCUUCUACACCAACCUGGCCAUUGCAGAUCUUCUUUUGUGUGUCACGCUGCCCUUUAAGAUAGCUUACCAUCUCAAUGGGAACAACUGGGUGUUUGGAGAGGUCAUGUGCCGGGCCACCACAGUCAUCUUCUACGGGAACAUGUACUGCUCCAUUCUGCUCCUCACCUGCAUCAGCAUCAGCCGCUAUCUGGCCAUUGUCCAUCCUUUCACUUACCGGGGGCUGCCCAAGCGCACCUACGCCUUGCUGACAUGCGGAUUGGUGUGGGCAACGGUUUUCUUAUACAUGCUGCCAUUUCUCAUCCUGAAGCAGGAGUAUUAUCUUGUCCAGCCAGAUAUCACCACCUGCCAUGAUGUCCACAACACAUGCGAGUCCUCGUCGCUCUUCCAACUCUUCUACUUCGUCUCCUUAGCAUUCUUUGGAUUCUUAAUUCCGUUUGUGGUUAUUAUCUACUGCUACACAGCCAUCAUCCGGACACUAAAUGCGUACGAUCACAGAUGGUUGUGGUAUGUCAAGGCAAGUCUCCUCAUCCUCGUGAUUUUUACUAUUUGCUUUGCUCCAAGCAAUAUUAUACUUAUUAUUCACCAUGCGAACUACUACUACGACAGCACUGAUGGCUUAUACUUUAUCUAUCUCAUAGCUUUGUGCCUAGGUAGCCUGAACAGUUGCUUAGAUCCCUUCCUUUAUUUUCUAAUGUCAAAAAUCAAGGAUCACUCCACUGCCUACCUUACAGCAAUGAAACCAUCGUAGAGAACAAGGAAGGCUAUCUGGGAAGACAAACGUUCUUCGGACGACGUAUGCACAGUGCGAGCCGCUCUAUUCUCUAGCACCAUUUUUGAGCUCCUAAGAUAUAGUGCUUCAAAAAUCAAACAUUACAAAAGCACUAGUAAUU